GUUGCACAGAAGCUCCGAACGCUUCUCUUAAAAAACUGAGAAUUUAUAAUCUGUCCGAUAAUAUUACUAACUUUGAGUUUGAAUUCUCAGCAGUCCUACUGAGUUACAAACCGGGUACAAAAAUUCCAGGGGUUUUUGCUUUUUUUACGGAUAAUGAAAGUCCCCGCGGAACUUUGAAUCAUCCCCGUGGCUUCGUUAAAUUGAAUUUUAAGAGUUUGAUGGAGAGAGUGGUUUGAACAUCGUCAUCCUGACAGAAUGAUCGGGCCGUCGUCGGGGGCCAGUGGAGUCGCGAAUCGCGAGGGUGAGAAUACGGUGAGGGUCAAGCGGAAGCUCUUUGACGAUCUGGAUAUUGACAGCUUCUGCGAGGAGUUUCAAACGAAAAAGUGUCACUCCAUGGAGCAGGAUGAGCUGGGCCUAUCACAGGUGCAUCAAUCAGGAUUUUGUGCUGAGUCUCUGCAGAAUUCCGAGGGUGCACCGGUGGCGAGACUCGAAGUGCUUGUGGUGGACGGCACUUGGGAUGUGUCCAGUCUCGGGGGUGCCGAUCUGAUUGACCUGUCGACUUCGGUUAAUGGAAAUUCCGGAGUGCAGGGGAUGUCUGACGUGGGGAAUAUCGAUGGAAAUUACGGGACUAUUCUUUCUUACUGGGAACCGACUGUCGAGGAUGCGGGACAAUUGACGCAAACGUCCGGGGAACAGACGUCGACUGUGGAAACACCAAUGGGAAACAGUCAGCCUGAGGAUCAGGAGAACGGAAAUCUAUCGUGGCUUUUGGAUUUCAAACUCGAUUCCCUGAUUGAAGCCCCAGAGGAUAAACCCCCUGUCCCACCGCCGCGGAAUAACUACUUAGGGUCGAGAAAUCGAAAUGCCGGGACCAAUCGAGUGGAUACGACUGCUUCGUAUGUCACAGAGAUUCGAGGAAAUUACAGCGAGCACAAUACGUCGGGCCAUCGUCAGCCCCAAUCAAGCUCGUAUGCAUCCGAUAAUCGAAAUUUCUCGACAUCUCGUUACGGUGGUCCAAAGAAACCCCCGUUCACGUACACCGAGCUCAUAGAGCACGCCCUGCAGGAACGAGGGGAAUUGACAGUCUCAGCGAUAUAUCAGUGGAUAUCAGAGCACUUUCCGUACUACAAGAGCAACGACGAUCGCUGGAAAAAUUCCGUGAGACACAAUUUAUCGAUAAAUCCCCAUUUCCGAAAGGGAUCGAAAGCCCCUCACGGGGCUGGGCAUUUGUGGGCCAUAGCCAAUCGCGAUGGCAGGCCAAGGGCUUUGAGCGCACAGCAGAUCAGUGCUCUUCCAACGCAAAAGCAAAUACUGAAGAACAUCGCCGAGAGCAGUUAUCCACGAAGAAGUAAUAACGCAGUGAGACAAAAUGUAGUGAUAGAUGAAGUAGCUGCGGCAACUGCUAGCAUCUGUCAGUCACCGGAGGAGAGUGUCGUGGGUUCUGUUACGUUGGAGCACUGCGCUGAACAGAUACUCAGUGGAAUUAAGAGGGAGGUAGAGGUGCAGUACCUAAUGCCAAUGGCAUUGCAAAAUAAUGCGCAGGAUACGAAUCAAGAAAUUCAACAGGCUGAACACAAUUGCGAAGACAAGGAAACUGAGCGUGACUGUUGGAACGUUCUUGCAGACUUUCUGAACCCAGUGGCCAAGGAAGUAGUAGCUGAAGAGUGUGGACUGAUCGGUGAGAGCUACCUCGUUACCGACCUUAACCCAGGAGGCCUUGGUCUCAGCAUGUCCGAGUCCGAGAUCAUCACUCCCGAUCAUCUCUUCGGGGAAGAGUUGAGCUUUCAAUUUUACGAAUUGACAUCCCCCUCACAGAUACAGUCAGCCUGACACCGGGAUAAAAAUCGAAUUCGUGUGAUAAUUGUCGAUGAAAAAAAACUAGAGAAUGUGGAGAUUGUCAAUGGUGAUGUUGGUAAGGACGUGGAGAUCGAUGGAAAUGAACAAUCGAUGAUUAACAUACUUGACAGUUGAUUGCAUUGGCUAUCAAUGUGCCUUAACUACUAGAACCGUAAGAAAACACGUAAAAGUAUUGAGAAUGAAUGCUGCAAUUAAGAUACGCGUUUGAUCAAAAAAGUUUAAAAAAAAACAAAAAAAAAUGCUUGCAUGUGUCAACGUAACUUACAAUUUACGUCGUAUUUAUCACGUUUAUCUCAUAGCCUUUACGGACUUGGAAUCAUGUUUUUUGUAUUAGU